AGAUCAUUUGAAGAAAUAAUCUAACUCAAUCAAGUGGAAAAAAAGCAUAAACAAACAAAGCCAACAAACAAAUCAAUGAAUACAUUACCAGCUAAUAGAACAUUGAACACAUUCAAUGGUGAUAAUACUAGACGUUCCAGUAUCUCAGCUAUACGUUAUGCUCGUUCAACAUCACUGUACUUUCCUAAUACAGAUACAGAUGAAGAAAGUCGUAGUCAGCUGUUAACUAGUGAAAAUAUUGCUGAGACACGUAGAGCUGAAACAUUGAAUCGAUUAAAUCGUAUUGAUGUUCGCAAUGAAGGAUCAAGAAAUUUAACUAAUCCAUUAUUUGACAGUACAAGUAGUUUAGAUCAACCAUGGUUACGUGGUUAUGGUCAAACAGUGGUGUUAUCUCCGCCAAAAAUUAAUUUACCUAUUCAACAACAACACCAGCAACACCAACCACAACACUCACAACAGCAACAAUCCCAACAACCGUCGUCCACGGAACAUGAUACUGCCAGUAUACAACAUUCAUUGCGUCUACCGACACCUAGAAGUCCAAAUAUUAUGCAUGGAGGUUAUAAUGCUUUGCCGCCAUUACAUUAUGCUGCUGCAUCAUUAAGAGAUGGUUAUGAAAGUGGAGGUAGUGCAGGUGUUGGGAGUGGAAUUGGAGGUGGUAGAAGGAAACCAAAAAGUAAAUUAUCCUGUCUAUCUUGUCUACAUGGCAAUGAAUCGUCAACAAAUUUCUACUCAUCAUCUGAUAACGAUAAUUUAAUUGAUGACCUGAAUAAUAAAUCAGAUGGACAUGAAAUGAAUAAUCGUGAGCAACUACAGCAGCAACAGCAACAGCAUGAACACCAACAAGAACAACAACCAUACAUUAUUUGUUUAUCUAUUGUCUUCGCUUUAUUGGAUAUUCUACUAUUGAUCGGAUUGACUUUAAUGAUAUUCUUUUUCAACUGCUCUGCUGAUGGAUGGUUAUAUACAGAUCCUAGAAUUCGAUCAAUUUGUGUAACUUUAUGGGCUGAUUGGAUACCAUUGUAUCAAAGAAAAUUUCAAUGUCCUGAUAUACCACCCGGUUAUAAAGAUAGUUUUAUGAGUAACAGUGUUAGCAGCUUAAAUAAUAUCGGUGAAUUGAAUCCUGAACUAAAAGCUCUUUUGGAACGUAUUAAACAACAACAACAAGCUGUCGCUUCAUCAUCAGGAUCGUCAGGUCUUACUACACUAACCACACCGAAUCCAUUAACUCAACUAUCAAGAGUUCAAUCCGACUGGCGACGUAUGACACAAGAAUUCACACGAAUUAAUCCUGAUAAUUGGGAUAGUGAUUUGGGAUUAAUGCUUCCACCAAAGUUGUUCAGCAUUUCGUCUGCUUCUUCUUCUUCUUCAUUUUCUAAAGAACAACAAUUAUAUGGACCAAGAGAUUCAACUCUUAAACAAUACUAUGGUCGUAAUUAUCCAACAGAUAAAGAAUUUAUUCAACGCAUUCAAAAUGAUUAUCGUUGGUUUAAACAAUCACAAUCACAAGCUGAUUAUUAUCAACAGAUAACAAUUAGUUCAAUUGUUACAUGUUCAAUAAUUGUACCAUUGAUCAUAAUUUGUUUUGUAGAAAUCACUUUCUACCUUUUUAAUUGUUGUCAAAUGUGUUUAACCAAAACUAAUUCCAGACCAUGGGCAACUAUGAAAUUUAUUGGUCAAUUGUAUCGUUUAUUUAUUACUUAUAUUUUCGGUCUACUUACAACUAUGCUACUAGUUUGGUUAAUUAAAAUUUCUGUUGGACGUCUUCGACCAGAUUUCAUACAAAUAUGUCGUCCAUCUGAAAAUGUUUGUCCUAAAUGGUAUAGACUCAUUCAAAAAACACGUCAAUCUAUUGAUGAACAUGGAAGUAAUCCAAUUGAAUCUGAUCCACAAUUGUUAGAUUUAAUUGUAGCACAAUUAGCUAAACAAGGUAAAUAUUUAGUGACAGUAGCUACAACACCUUCACCGGAAUCAUCGACUGGCCAGUUAUCGGAUGGUUUAUUCACAAAUGCCAAUUGUAUGGAGAAUAAUAUUUUAAAACUUAAAGAGGCGAGAACAUCAUUUCCUUCAUUGGGAGCAGCUGUUUCAAUGUAUGCAACAAUAUUUGUUACAAUUUACAUUACUGCAUUAAUGAGAAAUUUUCGUUAUUCCUGUCUUUGCAUUCCAUUCUUAUCAUUACUUGGUGUCAUUAUGGUUGCUCUUCUAUUUGGUGUAAAUAGAGUAAUCUAUAGAAAUAAUUGGUUAGAAGAUAUUUUAGCUGGUUGGAUUGUUGGCAUUUGUAUAGCUAUAUACAUUUGUUUCAAAGUUUUAUACAAUCGUAAUAAAUUGAAUGAUUUAACUAAUUAUGAUUUAAAUCGUCGUCUGUAUCGAAUUCAAAGUUUACUUAAAGCUCAGUAUGAUUAUAAACAAUCUGAGGUAAAGUUAUGUAAACAUUGUAA